UUAAUUUGGUUUUGGAGAUUUCAGCUCUACCCUGUUACAUUCCCCCGUUCAAAUCAACCAACAUAGCAAUGUUAAAAAAUCAAUCAUUGCUAACUUUCCUUGAUGAAUGCAAAUCAUUGUCACAACUUAAGCAAAUACAUGCUCAACUUAUUGCAACUGGACUCACUCAAUUCCCACCCUUUGCAUCAAGAAUUCUCUCAUUCACCGCAACUUCAAAUUCUUGCGAUAUCGAAUACUCGUAUAAGUUCUUUCUUCAACUCUCAUCUCCUACUAUCUUUAAUUAUAAUACCAUCAUAAGGGGUUAUUCUAAUAGUAGAAACCCCAAUAAGGGAAUUUGUGUUUUUGUUGAUAUGUUGCGAAAUGGGGUUGAUCCUGAUUAUUUAACUUACCCGUUUGUUGUUAAGGCGUUAGCUCGGUUAUCGGAGUUUGAAGUUGGAUUGGGUGUGCAUUGUAGGAUAAUGAAAACUGGGUUUUUGUCGGAUAAGUUUGUUGGUAAUUCUUUGAUUCAUUUGUAUGGUUCUUGUGGGAAAGUGAAAUGUGCUCGGAAGGUGUUUGAGGGAAUGAUUGAUAAGAAUCGGGUUUCGUGGAAUUGUAUGUUGGAUGGGUAUGCUAAAUGUGGGGAUGUAGUUUCGGCGAGGGAGGUUUUUGAGGUAAUGCCUGAGCGGGAUGUUGUGUCGUGGAGUUCUUUGAUUGAUGGGUAUGUUAAGAAAGGGGAGUAUAGUGAGGCUUUGGCGGUUUUUGAGAGAAUGCAGGUUUUAGGGGUUAAGGGUAAUGAGGUUACGUUGGUGAGUGUUUUAUGUGCUUGUGCCCAUAUGGGUGCGCUUGAAAAGGGGAGGACAAUGAACAUGUAUAUUAUUGAGAAUGGAUUGCCGUUGACAUUAGUAUUGAGGACGUCACUUGUUGACAUGUAUGCUAAAUGUGGAGCAAUAGAGGAUGCUUUGGCUGUGUUUCGGGGUGUUUUAGGUAGACAGACGGAUGUAUUAAUAUGGAAUGCGAUGAUUGGAGGGUUUGCAACACAUGGAUUUGAUAAGGAGUCGUUUGAUAUGUUUACAGAGAUGAAGAUUGCAGGGGUUACACCUGAUGAGAUCACAUACUUGUGUAUGUUGAGUGCUUGUGCUCAUGGAGGACUUGUGAAGGAAGCUUGGUGUUUCUUCGAGAUUCUUGGUAAAGAUGGUUUAAAACCAAAGACUGAGCAUUAUGCAUGUAUGGUGGAUGUUUUGGCACGAGCCGGUCAAGUAGAUGAGGCGUACCAGUUCUUGUGUCAAAUGCCAAUGCAGCCAACUGCUUCCAUGUUGGGUGCACUACUUAGUGGAUGCAUUAACAAUAGAAAACUAGACCUUGCAGAAAUAGUGGGAAAAUGGCUAAUAGAGUUGGAGCCAGAUCAUGAUGGUAGAUACGUUGGUUUAUCAAAUGUAUAUGCAGUCAUCAAACGUUGGGAGGAAGCAAGAGCAAUGAGAGAAGUCAUGGAGAAAAGAGGGGUGAAGAAGUCACCUGGGUAUAGUUUUGUGGAGAUAUUUGGAACUCUUCAUAAAUUCAUAGCUCAUGACAAGACUCAUGCCAUGUCAGAACAAAUCUAUAUGAUGCUAAGUAUCUUAUUGGAACAAAUGACAAGCAAUGCUGAUUCUGUAACAGACGCUUCCUUGUGUGGUCCAGAAUAUGAUUUAGAGGCCUAGUAUUCGUAUACUUGAAAUUUAAUGGAGAGGGUUACUCGGCGUAGUCCCCAACAUCUGAAGUUAGUCUUCCUGCACAUUUCUAGUUAUGCUUCGUGGCAAGUUCAGAAACAUUAUUCGCAUAAGUCUUGUAAUCUACAGACCUCUUUAACGACCUUACCAUGGGGCUAAGCAGUUAGCUAAGGAAUCUACCAUACUUCGAUUAGCCUUUCGUCAAAAGCUAUAUUGGCUCAGCUAUAAAGUCAAACUUUAUGUCUGUGCAUAUUUGGUGUAUGCAAUUGCCAGUUUGAAGGCAAGAGCCCACGCAUUACGGGUUGCAUUACUCUUGCACACAAAUCUCAUCUGCCAAUUUCCACGGUCCAGCUUCUUAAGAUGGUGGAGUAAUCUCGGUAUAUUCGUCUCAUAGUUAGUGAUUUGGUCUGCGAUUCACCUCAAAUGUAGUCUCUCACAUCGGACAUCUCGGGUAGUCAGGUCUACAUGAAUAUCUGCAACCGAAAGCCACAUUUAUGUAUCGCUCAUCUCUGACAUACUCUAGUUGUGAUGUGUCUUUCUCAUCCUCCGACUGUACAUUCCUGCUAUUGCUUGCCGCUGUACUUGGAAAUGGAGAAACCAGAGAAACAUCAAAACUUAAGUGAUCUUCUAGUGAUCUACCAUUUUUGUUUCUUCAGCAACAUGGAUAAACGUAGGGUGAACAGCAGGUUUAGGAUGUGAUGGGAGUGAUGGUUUAAAUUCUCCUUCAAGUUGAAGGUAAUAUUGAAGGUAAUAUAUAGAGGUUACAACUUCUUAAAAAAAUGGUUGUUCUUAUUUACACAAACAGGUCAA